UUCGGAGCAAUGAAGCCCGACAAGUCCCCCGUCGGCAUCUUCUCGAACGAAAACCGCUCCGACGCUGGUCACUUUGCAGCAGUCGGCAACUCACGGUUGGGACCCGGUGAGUCACUCUGUUUUGGGAGCGCAACGUCGCAGGAGACAAUGGAGGUGGUGGCGCUGCCGAUACCGGCCGAGACGUACAAGCUAGGGUUUAUUGGAGCCGGCAAAAUGGCGGAGUCCAUCGCGAGAGGAGUGGUCAAGUCCGGCGUCUUGCCUCCGUCCAGGAUUCGCACCGCUGCUCAUACCAAUCAGAGCCGACGCGACGCAUUCGAAUCCUUCGGCGUCCAAGUCCUCUCCGACAAUCAAGCUGUAGUUGAAGACAGUGAUGUGGUCAUCUUCUCAGUGAAACCCCAAGUUGUUAAAGGCGUAGUCUCCCAGUUGAGGCCACUGCUAUCAAAGAAGAAGCUUUUGGUCUCAGUAGUUGCCGGAGUAAAAUUGAACGAUUUGCAGGAUUGGGCUGGCCAUGAUCGAUUUAUCCGUGUAAUGCCAAAUACUCCUGCUGCUGUUGGCGAGGCUGCAUCUGUUAUGAGUCUGGGAGGAGCAGUAAAAGAAGAGGAUGCAGAACUCAUUGCUACUUUAUUCGGAUCUAUAGGCAAGAUUUGGAAAGCUGAUGAAAAAUAUUUUGAUGCAAUUACUGGCCUGAGUGGCAGUGGUCCAGCCUAUAUCUUUCUGGCAAUAGAAGCUUUAGCCGAUGGAGGAGUUGCUGCAGGUCUUCCAAGAGAACUUGCAUUAGGUCUAGCUUCUCAAACGGUGUUGGGUGCGGCAUCUAUGGCCUCUAAAAUGGGUAAGCAUCCGAGUCAGCUCAAGGAUGAUGUCGCAUCACCUGGGGGUACCACAAUUGCUGGCAUUCAUGAACUGGAAAAGGGUGGAUUUCGAGGGAUUUUGAUGAAUGCAGUCGUUGCUGCUGCUAAGCGUGGCCGUGAACUUUCCCCUUCCUGAUACUGACUUCCAACUUUUCAGCCCAUAUUCUAUGCUUAUCAUUCCAGAGUUUGCUAAACAGCUCGAAAGGGUGAGCACGGCCAUCCCUCCUGAUUCUGACUUGAAUACCAGUUCUAGUUUAGGUGAGGUCUCUCUAAAGGUUUCAUCUUUUUUCAGCUUUUCAAAAUCUAUUUAGUUUCAUUUCCAUCUUUCUGCUUGAUUUUUGUCUUAUAAAAAGGAAGAAUUAGUUAUAGGUGCAGCUUGGGAUUCCCCUUGCCUGUAAUCCCUUUCUUCCAAGUCCUAUACUAUCAAGAGCUGUGAGAUCCAACCACC